ACUUAAAAUAACCUUCGCCGAUUCUUUUUAGUUUAUUGAAUGAUUAGAAACUUUGCUAACUGCGUUUCUGGCGGAUGAAUAGAAACGGCCUUGUACAAGACUUCAAAGAGCGUUACACAAAACGUGUAACGGAUGUUUAGAAAGAAUGCAAGAUUAGGAGAGGAGUUAUUUUAUUUUGGGAAGUGGGAAUGAUUUAUUUCUUUAAUCGAUUGUUGGGUCUCUGCAAUGCAGAGCCGACCACUUGCCAAACUACCGGAGAUCGUGCCAGAAAUAAUAUUAAUAUUUUGAUUUCCCGAACGUCGAUAGAAUUCAACUGCAGUAUUUACAUAUACUGUCUAGACUUUAAUCUAAGUACUAAUUUAUAUCAUUUAAUAUCGUAAGAAAUGCGCUUCCUCAAGAAUGAAAUAUUUAAACACGCGGCAAGGUCUUCGACGAGCCGUGGAACGAGCCAUCUGAGAGUGAAAUGGUAAAACUCGAGAAUUUACCGACGCUAAAGCUGAAAGUCACUGGGACGUGUCGACCUUCUAGAUAACUGUUCCAAUAACCCGAUGGGAUUAACGAGACGCUUAGAGGGAUAGGAUCCAAUCCACAAAUGUUAAAUCGCCUCUUAUAUAUUCCGAGAGAUCUGCGUUUAAACAUCGUUAAAUCGUCAGGGUAAUCGCUCUCUUUAAAACCAUAACUUAAAACCAUAAACUUUUGCAAAAUGAUGGACAACUGUUGCGCUCCGCAAUGGGCUGAUUUUAUGCACAGUCCUCAAAUGUUCUGCGAGGACUAUUUUGAAAAAGAGCACGAGGUACACGAGCCUCAAAUACACAUGAAAUGUAUUAAAAAAUAUAACUUUCCUACUCCAAGUAAAGACGUUCAUGACGAGUCGAACAAUGAAACGAAGUUUGAUGACAGUUUGGAGGACAAGCCUCCUGUAAAUACUGCAUAUUUUAUACCCCAUGACCCUAAAAAAGAGAAUAUGAGGAAAGAGAGUCUAUUGAGGAACUUGAAGCUGAACGAAAAAUCCAACAAGAUUCACCAGACUUGGAGCGUAUCUAUAACAGAAUUGACUUCUACGUUCAAAGUAUCGACAGCAGAAGAUAAGAACAAGCCUAUGUUACCAGAAAGGAUCAGAAAACGACUGAUGGAGCCAAGAAAAAUCCAGCCAAGAAAUGUGAAGAAGGAUAAUUUACAAGGGAAGAAACAAGCAGAGACUGAUAUUCCAGAAGAGAAGUUGUCUGAUAAAACCGCACCUAAGACAGACAAUAACUUGAAGAAGCGCCGUUCGUUUGGUAGAUCUCAGCCAAAAGUGCUCACUUGUCAGUACCGCAGGAAAAGUUUGUUGAACUCGACACGUUCCAAUAAAUUCGUCAGCCUCGCAGAGGCAGUGUCCAAAUAUCAGAACGGAACACCUCAGAGAUUCCGUACUCUCAGCAACAAGCCGGCGAACCCAUUGAUGAGAAUAAAACGUUCUUCUAUGAAGCUGACUCUCCCAGUUUCACCAGCGUUGAGGUGCAAAAAGAGAACCAGACAGACUACUGUACUGAGCCAGGAGGAACGAGAGAAACAACAGAUAGAAGAGCUGAAGAAGAAUCAGAUCAAGGCGAAACCAGUACCGGUAAACAUUUUAAAAGGACCUUCCGUUUUAAAGAAGGUGCCUAAAAAACCACCGACGAUUGCAGAGGAGUUUCAUUUCUCUCAGCCGAGGAAGAAGACGAACGAGGACAAGGAUCAAGGAAACACCGGGCCUGUUACUCAUUCCAUGAGCGCUACGAACGUCGUUGAAGACAAAGAUGAUUCAGAACCAAUUUCUAAAAGAACACGACAGUCCUUGCAUGCGAGCGUUAAAGAGAAAUCGAAUAAUAAAGAACAGAAGGACGAUGCUAUCACACGUUCAACCAGUUCUUCUAACGUAACUCUAAGGAAGGCGAACAUCUGUACAGAUUCUCCUGGUAAGAAAACUCGUCACACUGUUCUGCACGUGAACGUGCAGGAUAAUAAGAAGGAACAGAAAGCUUCAGCUCCCGUCGCUCGUUCUACCAGUGCUUCAAACGUAAUUGCAAAGAAGGAGAACAUCUGUACGGAUUCUCCUGGCAAGAAAACUCGGCACACUUUGCCCGUGCAAGAGAACAAGAAGGAUCCGAAAACUUCAGCUACCGUCACUCGUUCCACCAGCGCUUCAAACGUAAUUAUAAGGAAGGAGAACAUCUGUACGGAAUCUCCUGGCAAGAAAACUCGGCACACUUUGCAUUCGCAGGAUAAUAAGAAGGAACAGAAAGCUCCCGUCGUUCGUUCCACCAGCGCUUCAAACGUUAUCGCAAAGAAGGAGAACAGCAACACGAAUUCGUCUGAUAGAAAAACGCGGCAGACUUCCCUGCAAGAGAUUAACGAGAAGAUAAAGAAAGGCGGAGUUUCUGUCACUCGUUCGAUCAGCGCGUCGAAUAUAAAAAAGACGAAUGCCUGCACCGAUCUCUCUGUGAAGAAAACGCGGCACGCGGUUCUGCAUAAGAGCCUGCAAGAGAAGCAGCAAAAGAAAGGAGUUCCGAUAGUUCGUUCCGUCAGCGCUUCGAGCAUCAACCGUAAAAAGGAGACCGGGGAAUCGUCCAAAUGUAAUUUCGAAGCUCGUAACAAGGAAUUCCAGGCAAAGAAAGAAGAGAAGUUGAAAAACUUGCAGGAGAUGAACAAGAUAAAAGCGGAGUUCCACGCGAGGCCUGCGCCGAAGUUCGCGAGAUUACCGUUCGCGGUCAAGGAAACGAAGAAGAAGCCGGUGAUCACGACUUGCCCGUUCAGUUUCGAACAGCGGAACAAGAACUUGGCCAAGAAGAAGGAAGAGCUCGUGAAGCAGAAGCAAGACGAGGCGACGAAGACUUAUGUAUUCCAUGCGAAUCCAACGCCGAACUUCAAGCCUGUCACCGUGCACGGAUGGUCCAAGGAGAAUUUACGAAACAAGGAGAAGGACACGAAGGAACCAGCGAAGAGAGCGAAGAGCUGUAGCGAUCAAGAAAACAGGCAGCCUAACGUGAUGAUUAAUGCAAAUAAGAGACCAGAAACGAAGAGUGCGAAUAAGCUUCAAAAUAAUAAAGCAGUAAAAAAUAAUGCAGACACUGAUAAAUUGAAGGUUGCCAAGUUCGAGUUGAAGACGGAUAAGAGGGCGAAGAACAGGACAGAGUUCGAUGAGAAAUUGAAAAAGAAGGAGCAGGAAAUGGCGAUGAAAAAGUUUGAGGAGGAGAAAAAUAGAUUGUUGCAGGAGAAGAUGGAAAUAGCGGAAAUACGGAGAAUGAUGGAGACAAAGGCGAGGCCGAUGCCGGUCUACAAACCCAUGGUUGCUGUCAAAUCCAUGAAACCACCGACCAGCCCUCACAGUCCUGCGCUCGGUGUUCGAAACAGAGCAAAGAGCGCUUCGUAAAUCUUCAUAGCUGUAUCGCACGACUUUGCCUGUGUUCCAGAUGUAAGUAACACAAUAUUUCGGUAAGAUAAAUAUUUGAAAUAUAUAGAAUAUCAUAAUAAAUGUUUUUUUUUUUAUGAAGAAUUGGUGCAAUUUAAGACAUAUCUUCUUUACACGGUGAUAACAGUUGAAUAAUCGAUAAAUAAGUAUUUUAAUUCGUUUUAUUUCCUCGGUUCUGUGUUGAUCGUUUUGAAUACCUAGCUAUUGAUAAGAUUAAAUGGUUGCUCGUAUCCUCCUUCGUAUCACAUAAAAUAUAUAUUUUAAAUAUAAUAAAUUUGUAUGCCAAGAA